CUUCCCCUCCUCCAGGCCACGAACCGAAAGGGUCGUUACCGUUCCCCUCCUUCGGAUUGAGAGAUUUCAUCCGCUAACGUCCCAACUAGAAGUUGAGGCUCCGUUCCUUAUCUAUCUUCGAACAAAUUAUUUCUAUCUGCUCUCUCUAGGGCUUCUCUUCCGCUUACUUAUCCUCUCGGACCCUGCGGAAAUCCAAUCAGAGGCCUCCCGGCGCAUCUCUUCAAAAUCCUUAUCCGAACUCUCGACCUCUCUUAGAGAGAGCCACCCCCCUUCGUCUUCUAUCUUCCUCUCUCUUUCUCCAUUCCUCCGCCUCUCUCCUCCACAAGCUGCUCUUUUUCUUAUAAUUCCAAAAGUGGCCCAUUGAACCCUUGAAUCGCUCGGAAGCGCUGCUGCCGUGCGAUUCCAGCCCGACCGAGGAUUUCAUUUGGGUUCUUGCAGCUGUUUGUUGUCUUGGAAUUAUCAAUCCCUGAUAGGUGGAUAGGUAGAUAUAUUAUAGAUAGAUAGAUGACGUUGACUCUGGACGCGCUGAUUGGGAUCUUGGGGAAGCCCGCCGUCGGAGACGGCGUCGCCGAGCUCGCCUUGGUCGCCGCCCCUCUCUGGAUCGCGGUUCUUGUAGGGCUUUUUGUCGGUUGGGCGUGGAGGCCGAGAUGGGCCGCGAGUCUGGUUGGCGGGGAGAAGGCCAGCCUGGGUGGUCGCCGUCUGCCCCCCUCGAAGACAUCGAGCGUCGAUUCUUUGAAGGCUCAGCUACCAAGUAGCAUCAGUUCUCCGGUUUCCGGCAAGAGUUUUGGAAAGGAGGAGAACAUGGCUGUGGUGAGUCCUGCAGAUGGAGAAAGUGAGAAAUUGGCGGUCACGGAGGAGGAUUUAGAGCACCUCUGCCAGCUCGUCGAGGUGACUGAUGGGGGGCCGGUGUGGCACAAAAUGAUGGACCGGUCCUUGCCGAGCAUGAGCUAUCAAGCAUGGCGGAGAGAUCCUAAGGUGGGUCCUUCGCAAUAUCGCAGUAGAACUGUCUUUGAGGAUGCAACGCCAGAGAUUGUGAGGGACUUCUUUUGGGAUGAUGAGUUCCGGAUCAAGAAUGGAUGGGAUGACAUGCUUCUCUACCAUGAAAUACUAAAGGAAUGUCCGAAAACAGGGACGGCGGUAGUUCACUGGAUUCGAAAGUUCCCCUUCUUCUGCAGUGAUAGAGAGUACACUAUUGGCCGCCGAAUAUGGGACUUGGGAAGAACAUAUUACUGUGUGACAAAGGGAGUGCCAUGCCACUCUAUACCUAGACGCAACAAACCCAGGCGUGUUGACUUAUACUAUUCCAGCUGGUGCAUUCGUGCAGUUGAGUCAAGGAGAGGGGAUGGCCAGUUGACUGCCUGUGAGGUGUUACUGUUCCAUCACGAGGACAUGGGCAUCCCAAGGGAGAUAGCAAAACUGGGUGUCCGGCAGGGGAUGUGGGGUUGUGUUAAAAGGAUUGAACCUGGCCUGCGCGCCUACCAGAUCGCCAGGAGGUCUGACGAGCCACUAUCGCAGAGUGCUGUUAUGGCACAAAUCAACACCAAGCUCAAUGCUGAUGAUCUAAGGUCAUCAGAAGUGGGCACCUGUUCAUCCCUGGAAAUAGUAGAAGCAGAGAAACAGAAGCAUUGGGCAGGGAACAUACCCAAGUUCCUUGUAAUUGGGGGUGCUGUGGCCCUCGCAUGUACUCUCGACCAUGGCCUGUUGACCAAGGCAGUCAUUUUUGGAGUGGCCAGGAGGUUUGCGAAGCAAGGAAGGAGAUUGUGAGAUGGAAAUAAAGUAAUGAGGGAUCCAUCCAGGCAUCUGUGUCAGCCAGGUGCUUGGUGUUUCCAGCUUCACCAAGCUACCCAUGUCAUCCAACGGGGAUCACAACAACUAGAUUUGAUAAGUUCUUUCAAAUUGUUCCCGGCAAAGUUGACAUGAUUGUAUUAUUUAUCUAAUUGAAAAAGGAAUCUCAAAUAUACGCCUUCCUUUCUAUAAUCCAAUCAUUUUCUUAUUUCCUAUUUAC